UUCUGGGUCAUCUGCAAGGCCGAUAUCCUCAAAGUUGGAGACAUCCGCAAAGUCGACGUCGGGGCCGUCGGGGUGAGAGGAGGUAUGGAAGGACGACGAUUUGGAGGACUUGGAGCCGGACAGUUCUGGCGGAGAGUUUGGAGUGGCGUAAGUGGCCAUCGACAUGGUUAUCUUGCAGGCCAGAGAUGGAUGCUUUUUUUUUCUGUAUACUAUAAACCGGAUGAAGCAGACCAGCGGAGGUCCUUCACUUCGGGUGACAGAUCGACCAGCACCACGUCUCCCAGGCCCGGUGAGGAAUCUUCAACGAAUUGUCCGUCGUCAAUGGAUUAUUUAUUCAACGAGUGGUGA